AUGACACCAGUGUCUUCAGAAGACGUGACCUGUUUUCGAUAAACAUAUUUUCGGGUUGUGUAACUUUCUUUUCUUCCCCACCAAUUGUUUCUCGUAAGAACUUGUUCAUCGGUGCCGAUCUGUUGGUUUUCGACAACAAACUUUUUCGUCAUGGCUUCCAAUAUUCUUCUGUUUUUAUUGAUUUUUGGUGCAGUCUUUGCGGACAAGCUCUUAUCCAGCGAUGAGAAGCUCGACCAGGUCAUUCGCAAGGAUUUCGGGGUUAGUUUUGGAAUUUUUAUAACUGGACCAACAAAUUCGAUUCCGAACUUCACAGGGAAAGUCGGGAUUUUUCUGAAAAAUGGCCAGAACACUCCUUGAUGUACUAGAAGAAGAUUCUGAGAGUUUAAACCUGCACAACAUUCUACUUUUCGAGAACAGACGCCGCAAAAUCCAUCAAAAUGAACUAUUUUGUGGACUUUGGACCCUUAUUCCUGGAAAACUAGCAAAUUUCGCCGGCUGAGACUCUCAGAAUCUUCUUCUGGUACGUCAAGGAAUGUUCUGGCUAAUUUCCACGGAAUUCCCAACCACAAAGUGGAAUGACAUUUCUUGUGGGGGAAUUUGUCAAGUUUUCAAGCCAAAAUAGAGUUAAAAACGAAGUUUCGGCCGAAAAUUUAGCGUUAAGGUCUCUUAUAAUUGCUUUGAAUUUCACAGAUAUACUGUAGUUAUAAUCUAAAAAAGUUUUAUACCAAUAUCUAACAAAAGAAAAACGUAAAAAAUCGUCAACCACGACCAACCCUGGCCGCCAAGUGCCAACUUGCGCGCGUUCGGAGUGAAAUCUCGAGAUGUUAGGUUCAGAAAUUCUAACUUUUUUUUGUGGCAUCGUGUAGAGCAUACUGAAAGACAUAUUCCCUAAAAGUAAUUACGAUGCGAUUCUAUGCGGAUGGCCAGGAUGACCGAAAAUCCGACUUUCCGAACACAAAAACUACCGUAACUCAAAAAUUCCUACAGUAACCCAAGGUGUUAUGUACUGUAAAAUUUCUAAAAAUUGGAUUACCUAUCGAUUGAUAUAUCACUUGCCUAGUCAAAACUAUUCAAUACUUAGAUACGCAGGUGCCUACUGUAUCCCGGCUACAGUAAGAGGAAAUGGCUCAAAAAGUUGUGACCGCAUUUCUGAUGUUAUCCCAGUGGAUAAAGUUCGAUCAAAAUCGAAUAAUAAAAUUUUUUUUUUGUACCUUUGUUUUCGACAGUGUUAGGUGGUGGUCGCAUUUGGAAUGUCUGAGAGCUUAAAAAAAGGAAUUUUUUAGGAGCGCGACAGCAACGGCGACGGUCUCCUAACGCUGAAGGAACUCCGUCAGUUCUACAAAAACCAAGGGGCCAAGCCAGAACGGCUGAAACUCCUCGAGGUCGGCUUCGGCAAGAUCGACAAGGACCACACCGGCGAGGUCAACUUCCAGGGUUACACAUCUUUUUUUUUCUAGAAAUCUUGGGAUAUUCUAGAAUACCGAUCCACCGUUCUGCACAUGCUAUCGGAGUCAAACGCCCUUCUGAGCAUCAUGGAAAAUAUGUUCCAUAAAACCUCGCCCAAUAUCACUGAUCUCAAUCCGUAA